UGUGGCUCUUCAGGCCUUCUGAGGACUUGCUUCAUCGGCAGCCAUGUUGGCCGACGCCUGGGCUUGUUUGCUGUAUUUGUACACGGUUUUCCAUCAGCUGGUGGUUCCCUGCAGCCAUCCUGAGCAGCUGCUGGUGAACUCUGUGAACCGACAGCAGUACCUGGGAAAAUGGCACUUCGAGGCGGCUGUCAGUCGCAGAGGAGCCGACAUCCAGAAGUUUAAGGUGCUGGACAGCGUCGUCUUCACCAUGGAGGAGACGGACAAUGAGACUCUGGUCCUGACUGGACACAUGCGCAUGGGGGAUGACUGCAUGAAGCAGACGUGGACGUAUCAGAUCCAGCCUGGAAGGGACGAUCUGAUCCUGCAGGGAAGGCCGCAGCGCAGAAACCUGCUCUGGAGCGGCACGUGGGCCAACUGCCCCGACUGCAUCAUUUUCCAGGAAGUGGAGCCGCCUCUGAGUGAGAGCGACUCCGAGGACUCGCUCAACAGAUACAUGCUGUACGCUCGACAGAAGGACCUGGACCCUGAUGUCACUACAACUUUUCUAAAAAAGUCAGCGUGUCGUAACCUAAAGGAGAGCGUCAGACUACCCCAGGAAAAGGAGUACUGCCUCUAG